AUGCCUGAACUCGACAUCGUCGCCAUCGGGGCCAACCACUCAGAAACGUGCCGUUGGUUAUUAGAUCAUCCGGACUAUCAAGGCUGGCUCAAUCAGUCUAGAAACCAACAGGACCACGGCUUCUUAUGGAUCAAGGGCAAUCUCAGUGCAGGAAAGUCCACCAUUAUGAAGUUCGCUUACAGUGAGCAAGUUCUACGCGCCAGCAGCGAUGAAACUGCCAUGGCAUUUUUCUUCAACGCCAGAGGAGGUCCGAUGGAACGCUCUCCGAAAGGGAUGUAUCGUUCGCUGCUUCACCAGCUCCUGGGAUCCGACUCGUUGCCACAACUACGACCAAUAUUUCAUGAUUCCGCCCUCAAGCCACAUGUCAGGUUGCAACUGGCGCAGACAUACGAGCAAAUAUUCUCAAACAAUCCAUCUCCCACAUGGGGGAUUGACUGCCUCAAGGAUUUGCUUCGCGUUGCCAUCGACAGGCUUGCCGUUGAACAGGAAUUGACGAUUUUCGUUGAUGCACUGGACGAAUGUGUUUCCGAAGAAGUUCAGGAAAUGGUGGAACACUUUGAAGAGCUUGGAACUGCGGCAAUUUCAAGUCAGAAGCAGUUGCGCAUCUGUUUCUCAAGUCGCCACUAUCCGCAAAUUGAAAUCGCACACCGGCGGGAGCUUGUUCUCGAGCUCCAGCACGGACAUGAGCAGGAUAUAUCUGCCUACAUAGAAAACAAGCUCAGGAUUGGCCUCAGCGAGGGGGCAACAAGGAUCAAGCGGGAAGUGCAAAGGAAGGCCUCCGGUGUUUUCAUGUGGGUGGUCUUGGCGGUUAACCCCUUCAAGCGAAGUAUAACGGGGGCCGCAUGUUUGAGCUGGAAAGCCACUGCGGGUGCUGCCUCCCAAGUUGAGUGA